AGCGCGGGCGCGGGCGCAGCCCGGCACGGUCCGCAUCAAUCGCUUCGAGCCCGAGCCGCAGCCGGCGCCCGGCAACGGCAGCGGCCUGACGCUGCUGUUAUGAAACAAUUCCUCCACCGCCAUCACUAGCACAGAACAAAGCCAACUUACAACACAGAUAUCAAACAUUACUCCAAAAAUAUGACUAUCAAAUUAAUUUUCAUCGGCGUUGCGUUAGCUGUGGCUUCGCACGGCGCUGGCGGGUCGGUGGUAGGGGUCACCUACCACGACGACUUCGACUUCGAGCAGCGCUACCGCCGCGUGCACGAGUGCGACCCCUUCUACUGGCACCCCCUACACCUGCCCGAGGAGUGCGCGGACAUGUACGAGCAACUCAUUCGCAACAGACUCCCUGUACGCAUCCCCAAACCACCCGACCGCCUGUACCGACCCAGGCAACUCUCUCCUGUCAUACAGAGCUACUCCUACAACCCGGUUUUCCAAACCGUAAUCGAAAAGACAGCAUCAGAAGAAGAAGAAAAUCCUGUCUUCCAAGAGCUAACUCCGUAUGAAGAAAUGUUAGAAUCCGUUCAAAAAGAUGUCAACAACUUCCCUAGUGUUCCAUCAGUGAGGAACAUGCCCAACUUUGGUCCGGUAGCUGUGUAUCAACAGCCUAUUUCACAAAUUAGCGCGGAUAUGAUAAAGAAGGUUGCGAUGACUUACAUUCAUUCAGCCGAUGACAAGGAUGAUAAUAAAAAAAAGAAACGCCACCGUAGCAGAAAGAGCGGGGGUAAGUGGAAAGAACUUGUAAGUAAAGUCCGCGCUCAUGAACGAAAAGGUUGGAAGAAAAUAAACAACGGGGAAUUUGUUAGCAUUGCAAAACCCUAAUAACAGAUCGUCUUAAGAGUUCGCCUAAGUUAACUCUUGGAGAGAACCAAGUGGAGAAGUGUCUUUGGUUUUACUAUGGUGUUUAUGUACUACGGUUGACAUUCAGUCAUUAAAUAGAGUUCUCAGAAACAUGGACAGCGUUCGAGGUAGCUACCUUGAAGAUCCAUGACGAUCAUGAUAUACUCGAAUACACUGAUAUGACCAAAGGGCCUAGCGACGAUGCCAAGCGAACGAAACGGUAAUCUUUCUCUAUCGCCCCUUCAUUGUAGUAAUAGAGAAACAUCAGCGUUUACAGCGUGCGAUUCGUUACAGACCAAACUAUUGACUAGGCAUUCAGUCCAACUCAGAUGAGACAAGAAAUCAAUAAAAUACUCGGACUCGGUCUCGCCUGUCGAGGGUUCUUAAAAAGUUAAAAGUCCUUGUAUAAGUAAAUAAUAAUAUAGAAAAGUGACUUAUUGGUAAGGAGUUUAACGCUGUUAGGGAUUCUUCGACUAUUAAAAAACAAUAUUGAAUACGAAAGUAACUGCAUACCUAUUAAGUUAUAAAUUGUUAUAUUAAUUUUGUGAGCAUAGCCAUUUUGUAUUAAUUUUCACUUUACACAUUUAUUUUUACUUUAUAAGGUUAUAAUAAAAAUAUGUAUUGUGCUAUGUUAAGAAGUAGUAUUUUAAGAAAAUUAUGUCAAUGAAAUAAACAAUAUUUUAAUUUUGAUGA